GAAGGAGGAAGAUAGAGUCUCUCUCUCUGUUCCUCUACCUCUCUCUCCCCUUCAUCUUCUUCUUCUCUCUACAUUCAUCAGCUUCUUUUUCUUUUUUAAUUAAAACUAACUAUAGGAACAGAGAUGGCAGUAACCUAGUCGCAGUGACUCCAGUGAGAAAGAUGAAGGUGUUUGUGGUGUUUGUGAUCCUUGUGCAUGUUUCCCAGCAUGCCUCAGCUGUGGAGCUGUAUGAGGGGGAGGAGUUUGUCCUGCUGCCCUGUGAGUUUGACACUGCUGAUGUCAUUGACCCUUCAGUGGUGUGGAGUCGCUGUGAUCUCGAGCCUCCAACCAUCCACCUGCGUCAUCAGGGAGGUGAUGAACUUGGAGAACAAAACCAGCUUUACAGCGGCCGAACAUCCAUGAUGGCCGACGCUCUGAGAACUGGAGACCUGAGCCUCAAACUGUCGAAACUCCGCCUCUCUGACAGCGGCACCUACACCUGCAUUGUGAGAAAAGGGUCAGGAGGAGAAAAGAGGGUGACAAACGUGCUGCUGCAGGUCAAAGAACGGUUUCCAUCCUGGGCCACAGCUCUCCUGGUUCUCCUGGCUGUUGGUCUUCUUGUUUUGGCAGGUCUUUUAGUGCAUUUUCGGCACUAUUUCAUGUCAGUCUCAGUGAAGGUGGAUUCAGGGGCGGAGUCUGUCCAGCUGCCCUGCAAAACCAUAAUUAACCUGCCAAAGGACGUCACAGCCGAGUGGACGAACAGUCACAAUGCAAAGGUCCAUGUGUAUCAGAAUGGCUCCCUGCCUGGAGAGCAGCAUCGUAUUUACAGAGGCCGAACAGAGAUGAAGAGAAAUCCGCUGAAAACUAGAGACUUCAGUCUGACUCUGAAAUACCCCACAGACAUGGACAGACACUUUUUCACCUGCACCUUCUACAGCAGGGAGGGAAACAUCCUGAUGAAGAAACAAGUGGUGCUCAAGGUCAAAGUCUUUCAGGUGGAGGUGGAGGAGGGGGAGGAGUCUGUCCUGCUGCCCUUCAAAACUACACCUGACCUGCCUGAUGAUACUGAAGUGAAGUGGAAACGUUAUGAUCCCAAACCCACAAUGACAGUCCAUGUGUAUCCACACAGCUCUGACCGGCCUGAAGAACAGAACCAGGUUUACAGAGAUCGGACAGAGAUGAAGAAAGACCCGCUGAAGACUGGAGACCUCAGUCUGACCCUGAAAAACCCCAAACACACAGACACAGGGACAUACAGGUGUAUCGUCUACAACCAGGACGGAUUUGUGAGAAUGAAAACAGUGCAGCUUGAAGUCAAAGGGAGACCAAAGAUGAAACAAUCAACAUCAGGACCAGAAGCAGCUCAACUGAUGGAGGAUCAAUCUGUUUGACUGGUCUAUCAGUCACUUUUUGACUAUUGAUCUGAUCUGACUUUGGAUCAUAUAGACAAUGGAGGUGAAGGAGCUGAUGGACGAUGGAUGACAACAUGACGCUGUAUCAGCUUCUAUACAAUCACUGUUGGUUACUAUUGAUAUCUGUGUGUGAUGUCACAUGUUGAUCAGCUCUGUGAUUUGGACUGAUUUUUGACUUUCAGGUUCCAUGAAGGCCACUUGUAGUUCUGAUCCUGUGAGCUCGGACAGAGGUCUCACUCUGGAGGAGACACUUGACACUAAUGUUUAAUUGUGACACUCAUUAUAUUCCAGUUUUUAUCAGUUGCUUCAACAUGUUUUCUAAAGAACUUGCACAGUUUUCCACCUUAAUCGACCUUGUUCAACCAUUUUUGUCAUUGCAAAACCCUGUUACUCUCUCUGAACAUAAAACUUAUCUGGAUUUAGUUUUGUAAGGAACUGGUUUACAUAGAAACAUCAGCUGUCCAUCUUAUUAAAAUCACCUGUCUGUCGAGGCACAAUUAUUCAGAUAUAUUAACAGAAGUCUAUUGCUGCAGUAAGUCAUUAUCAUCACUUCCAAUGUAAGUCAGGUGGAGGCUCUGUAGUGUUUGCUGUGAGUCUAGAGGUCCCUCUACAGACGAGCUAACAACACUACACACUGAACAAAAGAGGCCGAGUUCCAGGGAAGACAUGUUUUAAUACCAAGCACAUUUCCUCAACAGUCACAUCUAUCACAGUGUAAAACCUGCUCAGCCUGUUGCUUUACAUUCCAACAGCUGCUUCAGUGGAAACAGGUUAAAGUAAAACUAAAGUUUUCUCUCAGUCAGUUUAUCAGGAGGAGGAAAGUGUUGACUGCUGGAAACUGAAUGUGUUUUUGCAGUUUUUAGUGUGAAACAGAGUUGAAGAGGCCUUUGUGGUUCUAUUUUUUUUGUACUGGAGGAUGAAGAUGUUUGUGGUGUUUGUGAUCCUCGUGCACGGUAAGAUAAACUUCCUCCCUCUGAUCUGAUCAGCACCUUUUGUUUCUCCCCACCGAAUAAAAUUCACUCAG